ACUGGUCUCUUGCCGGCUUCCUGGAUGGGCUUGGAGAGGCCGGCGGCGCUUCGCGAAGGCGGCCAACUUGGGGUGUUGAACAGUUGGUUGUAGCACUUACGUUUUACUUUUAGCUCAGUAUUUUGGAAUCUUUCAACCACAAAAAGUAAGAGAGAGGAAGUGGGCACACUACUAGCAUGGUCCAACUGCCAGGUGGGAGAUUCCAGAUGGGAACAAAUUCUCCAGAUGGCAGAGAUGGUGAAGGGCCUGUCCGGGAGGUAACAGUCAAACCGUUUGCGAUUGACAUAUUUCCUGUCACCAACAAAGAUUUCAGGGAGUUUGUCAGGGAAAAAAAGUACCGGACAGAGGCUGAGAUGUUUGGGUGGAGCUUUGUCUUUGAGGACUUUGUCUCGGAAGAACUUAGAAACAAAGCGGCCCAGCACAUGAAGUCUGUUCUCUGGUGGUUCCCCGUGGAAAGGGCAUUCUGGAGGCAGCCUGCAGGUCCUGACUCUGGCAUCCGAGAGAGACUGGAACUCCCUGUGGUACAUGUGAGCUGGAAUGAUGCACGUGCCUACUGUGCUUGGCGGGGGAAACGGCUGCCCACUGAGGAAGAGUGGGAGUUUGCUGCCCGAGGGGGCUUGAAGGGUCAGGUUUACCCUUGGGGAAACCGGUUCCAGCCAAACCGCACCAACCUGUGGCAGGGAAAGUUCCCCAAAGGUGACACGGCUGAGGAUGGCUUCCAUGGAGUCUCCCCAGUGAAGGCAUUCCCCCCACAGAAUAACUAUGGGCUCUAUGACCUCAUGGGCAACGUGUGGGAGUGGACAGCUUCACCUUACCAGCCUGCUGACCAGGACAUGCGUGUCCUCCGGGGGGCAUCCUGGAUCGACACAGCUGAUGGCUCUGCCAACCACCGAGCCCGGGUCACUACCAGGAUGGGCAACACUCCAGAUUCAGCCUCAGACAACCUAGGCUUCCGCUGUGCUUCCGAUGCAGGCCGACCCCAUGGAGAGCUGUAAGCAGCCAUGUGGAGACAAGAAGAGUCCCUGUGGUACCCUUGUCACUCCCUGGCCAUGCUCCAACCACAACUAGGUGCUUCAAUUCAGCCCCACAAAUGCCUCCUUCCCCCCAUCUUUCUGUGCCAGGCACAUCUCACCAUGGGAAAGGGAGGUCUCUGCCCUCAGAGGAGGGAUGCCAUUGUCUCUUGGGAGAAGUGGCCUAACUUACUGACUGUGGCCAGGAGCUGAGUCAUUCUCUUAGAGGUCAAAUAUUAACCACGUAGGGGCCAAAUACUCAGUUAGGACGGAGUACUCUGAAAGGCAGCUGGUUGAAGAAUUUAAAUUUGUUCCCUCCCCCUUUCUCCCUGUCUGAUUCAAGUCUCUGACAGUCUUUUUACAGGCCAGAAUUUUCCCCUAUUCUCUUUGUUUUUCCACAUAAAAAUGUACCGGGAAAACACUUCAUUUGCCUCAUUGGUAGAGUUUCAUAUACCUCUGAAGGAACCUGGUUUCCAUUAUUUGUAUGUAAAGUGCAGUAAUGUGACUCUUUUACAUGCAGUAGCAGUCUUAAAAGGGUGCAGGAGAACUGAAUGAUUUACCAGGUGAAACUGCAUUAUGGGAGUUACAAAAUAAAUAAUACUCCAGAAAGACAUAUAGCAGAAGCUUCUCUUC